CGUGUCCUCUGAGGGAAGAUGGUCAUGUGAUUGGAAGAUGGAGAAAGUAGGGGGGAAGAUGGCGCGCAGCACCAGUAACUGGCUGUCCGGGGUGAAUGUGGUCCUGGUGAUGGCCUAUGGGAGUCUGGUCUUCGUCCUUUUAUUCAUCUUUGUGAAGCGGCAGAUCAUGCGAUUUGCGAUGAAAUCCCGGAGGGGGCCGCACGUUCCGGUGGGGCACAACGCCCCCAAGGAUCUGAAGGAGGAGAUCGACAACCGACUCUCCAAAGUGCAGGACAUAAAAUUCGAACCGCAGCUCCUGGAGGACGGAGACGACCGGCUGCUGCAGCUGGACACACCCGGCGGGUUCAACUAUCUGUAUAGGAUGAAGACGUUGGAUGCUGUAAAACACUCAGACAUUCCCCUCCAGGAGAACGCGAAGCACCCCAAAUGUCUGGUAGGAAGAAAUUUCCGGGCGUUCCUAUUGGAGAUGAGGAACGGCACCUCCCCCUACAAGUCCGUCCGCAAGCCGCUAUUGGACACCCUGCUGGACGGAUAUGACUCGGCGCGAUACGGCACCGGGGUUUACGGGAAAGCAGAACACGAGAAGUUCAUGGAGGCGCUGAGCGAGUUAUCCGCCUUGGUAAAAUCCAGAGAGCUGGGAAGCCAGAGGCAGCGCCAAUCCGCCGCCAAAGACCUGACCGCCUCGCCGGAACCUUCCGCCUCGCCCACCAUCCAGGUCACCUACCUCCCGUCCAACCAGAAGAGCAAACGGGCCAAACACUUCCUGGAGCUGAAGAGCUUCAAGGACAAAUAUAACACCCUGGAGAGCACCUUGUGAAAUGCGGGGAUCUCUGCCAUCCGAUUGGCCGGAUUCUUCCUCGCCCCGUCGUUUUGAGGUCACUUAGAGGUGGGAGUCGUGGCGCCGGCGCAGGAGACGCGGCAGAAAUCGGCGACAGCUUUACAAGGACUUCCUCAGGAGACGGGCAACCAGUAAAAGGACAACUCCACGAGAUGUCGUGGGCGGAGCCAAUCAUCCUCGGACUUCUUCUACUUCUUAUUAACGUUUCUCACCCAUCCCCCGCUAUUCAUACCGUCCCCCAUUUAUGAUAUUCUUCAUACCCCCCCAAAUUAUUAGGGGGGGGGGCCCAUAAAAAGGGGAGGGGGGACACCGCCAUUGCACCAGUUGGGUCUUACUGGGAAUUCCAAAUUGGAGGCUUAGUUACUGGAAACCAUCGUAUGAUUGAUCGAUCUCUCCAGCGAUCAUGCCAAGAUAUUGGUUUUGGGUGGAGUUCUCCUUUAAUUAUUUUAUAGAGGGGUGGGAAUCUUAUCGUUUUUUUUAAUGUAGA